CGCCAAGCAGAGCGCCUGAGGCGGGGAGGGGGACGGUGCUUGUCAACAACUGCAGCCCGCCCUUUUAAGCAUCCGUCCGCCGCCUAUAACGCUGCAAGGCUUCCCAUCGGAGUCAUGCUAAAUUUUGGAGAGUCCGCUUUCCAGCACACCGAAGAAGGAAUGGAGAUGAUAGCUAAAAAGCAGUGCCUCAGGAAGUGUUAUUGGAACUAUACCAAUGAAAAGAGUGCUUUUGAAGCAGUGGAAGCUCUCAUGUCCAUGAGCUGCAGCUGGAAAUCAGACUUCAAAAAGUAUGCUGAACGGAGGCCGAUGACACCAGCUUCAGAUACAUCUGAGGAAUUUGAAGACAACGUGCUACCUCCUGCUGAUUUUCGUACAAUACCGGCUUUUUGUUUAACUCCACCCUACAGCCCUUCUGCUGACCUUGAAAUGUCUCAAGCAGUUCAUCCAGCAACAUCAGCGCCCCCUUGUGUACAGAACAAGCCAUGUCCGGACCUUUCUGAUCAAGUCUUUAUUACGGUAUCUCCUAAAGAGACCCAGAAUGUUCCAGGGCCAAGAAUAUUGAGAGCUCAGGCAACCAGUGUCAUUCGCCAUACAGCAGAUGCUCAGCUUUGCAGUAGCAUAACCUGUCCAGCAAGAACAGACCAUGUUAGGAAGUAUGAUGAUAACAUGGGGGAAGCAAACCAGAAUGGCAAUACAAAAUCACAUUCAGAAGACAAUACAGAAGAAAAACAAAAUUUAUCUUGUAAAAACAUAUUGCUGAAUACUGCAUUUUCUGAAGAUAAGCCGUCAACCAUACAAGAAUCCAAAAGUCCAUUACAGACCAUGAGCCCAGUGCCUUUCCAGCAGACUGUACUUGAUACCUCUCCUUCUGUCCUUUGGCCUCCAAAGGUAGCCCCUCCAUCUUCUUUGCAAGUAGGAGGAGUCUCUUCUGUGCCAUUGGUUUGCCAGAUGGUUCCAUUCUCUGCUAACAACUCGCUUGUGACAGCAAUAGUAUCUAACACUCCUUGUGGUCAAUUGCCAUCAAACCUUUGUCAUCCAAUGGUCCUCAUGGGAACUCAAGUUCCCAAACCAGUUAUGUUUGUAGUGCCACAGACUGUUGUACAGAAUGCCAAGGCUCCGGUGACCAGUCCUCACAGCACCAGACUAUCUCCUAUUGCUCCUGCUCCAGGUUUGGCCCCUCCUGCCACAAAGAUCACUCCGUCUGUUGACUCUCUCAGAACAAGAAGCCAUAUUUGUAAUUACCUGGGCUGCGGAAAAACGUAUUUCAAAAGCUCCCAUUUAAAGGCACAUGUUAGAACACAUACAGGAGAAAAGCCAUUCAGCUGUAGUUGGAAAGGCUGUGAGAGGAGAUUUGCCCGUUCUGACGAACUAUCUCGCCAUCGCAGAACACAUACAGGAGAGAAAAAAUUUGCCUGCCCGAUGUGCAGUCGACGGUUCAUGAGGAGUGACCAUUUAACAAAACAUGCACGUCGCCAUUUGUCAGCCAAAAAAUUACCAAACUGGCAGAUGGAAGUGAGCAAGCUAAAUGAUAUUGUUACACCACAUACCUCUGGGGCUGAUCAAUGAAAUAACUUUGUCUAAAGAGGCUGUUUAGCUUUUUUUUUUUUCAGUGUACGACUAGGUACCAAUGGUAAUGUGAAAAAACCUUGCAGAAUAACUGUGGUUUUACAAUAUCAGAUUGGCAUAGAUUGAAACAGAGGCAGUGGCUACCUGUAUACCUUGGGUAUAAUGUAUAGGAUAGCAGGCAUUUUUGUGCUUGGAGUGCUUGGAGAAAGAUGACACGGAAAUGCCAAUGCCAGUUCUGGAAAGAGUUAUUCUUGUGUCGUCUGUAGCUGGGUAUAAACUAGAGAGAGAUGCAGACAUUAGGAUGUGGGAAUGUUUUCAACACUGUUGCAAACAAAAUGCAGAAUCUCAGUUUAUGGUACAGAAUCAGGGAUAAAUUUCAGUAAUACUAGAAUGCUGAAACUUUUAAGUAGAUAUACUUGGUCUUUUCUCAGUUGUGAAUGAUGACGGAAAUAUGGUUAUCAACUUCCUGAGAUUAAGUGUAUGUAUCUUCAUUUCCUGGUAUAUAAAGUAUGGCUAAUUUAGCAAUUCUGUAUAACUUAAGUAUAUCAUUGAGAAAAGUAUCAUAUGGCUGGAUUAUUCUAAAGGCAAAUUUUUACUACUUUGAAAGCAUCACAGUUAGUACUAUUAGCUGUACUUCAACAUAUUUUGUUACUUGUGUGUUUAAAUUGUGUGUUUCUUUUAUACAUUUACAUUUCUAUAUCACUGAAACCUUGAUACACUGCACUUUGUUUAAAGGAUAAUUUAAGAGUUACAAAAGCUUUAUUCUCCAGGAAGAACAUAAGCAGUGUGCUAUGUUGCUUCCUGAAAUUUCUCUAAAAUAGAUUACAAUAGAAGUAUGAUUGACCUUUAUAUGUUAUAGAUAUAUUUUAAAAUGACAUAAAAUUGGAAAAUGGUGGGUUGCUUAUGAAGCAAAGAAAGUCAAGUCAUCAGUCCUAGAUGUGUAUACAAUGAUUUUGCCAUCAUUUUUUCAAUUCUCUUACUAUACUGAAUAAAUAUAAAAUUAUAGAGAGUAUUGUAAUAUCUAUUUUGUGACUACUUAAGAUUUUGCACAAGAUUUCUUAUGUACUUUAUACUUGUUUACAAUAAAUGUAAUUUU